GCUGUCAGCUUAGAGAAGACUUUGAAAUGGUCACACAUUAUCAGGCAGGUGAUGUUGUUCUCGGAGCAUUGUUUCCAAUUCACUCAAAGGGUAUAAAAGUGGAGCAGACAUUUCAAGCUAAACCAGGACAAUUACAAUGUGAAGAAAUUAAUUUCAGAGCAUUCCGCUGGUCACAAGCAAUGAUUUUUACUAUAGAGGAGAUAAACAGGAACAAGACACUUCUACCUAAUGUCACCCUUGGCUACAAAUUCUAUGAUACAUGUGGUAUUGCAUUUCAGUCUGUAAGGUCCACAUUGACAUUGAUAAAUGGACCAGAAGACAAUAAUGUAAAGAAGUGCAAUGGUGCCCCUUCUGUACCAGUAAUAAUAGGUGACUCUGGAUCAUCACUCUCAAUAGCAGUUCUAAGGGUACUGGAAUUGUUCAGGGUUCCUUUGGUUAGCUAUUUUGCAUCCUGUGCUUGCCUUGGUAACCACCACGAGUUUCCUACUUUCUUUCGAACAGUUCCAAGUGAUUUAAACCAGGCCAGUGCUUUAGCGAAUCUUGUGCACCGUUUUGGGUGGACUUGGGUGGGGACAAUUGCAGUAGAUGAUGACUACGGUCGAAGUGGAAUUCAGAUGUUUCAUGAUGAAGUUACCAAACUGGGUGUUUGUAUUGCUUAUAGAGUAAUUAUUCCAAAGUUGGUCUCUAAAGAAAAAGUAAUCCAAAUUGUGGAAAUAAUCAAGAAGUCCACAGCAAAAGUCAUUAUGGCAUUUGCCAUUGAAGAUGAUAUAAAGCCACUGAUUGAAGAGAUUGUACUGCAAAACAUCACCGAUAUUCAAUGGAUUGCAAGCGAAGCCUGGAUAACAUCUGCAUUAAUCUCUAAGAAAGAAAAUUUAAUUUCCUUGGGGGGAACAAUUGGUUUUGCAAUCCGGAAAGCAGAAAUACCAGAAUUUAAAGACUUCCUUUUAAAACUCAAUCCUUUAGAAAAACCUUACAAUUUGUUUGCCAUAGAGUUUUGGGAAACACUGUUUCAGUGCUCUUUUAAAACAGCAGACCACAUUUCAAACAAUUCUGUUGCUUCACAUGCACAAUACAACAAGACCUGCACAGGAAAAGAAAAUUUAAAAGAAAGUGCAAGCAUUUACAGUGAUGUAACGCAACUCAGAGUAACUUAUAAUCUACACAAAGCCAUCUAUGCGGUAGCCCACGCUCUUCACAAUUUGCAAGCCUGUGAAAAUAGUAAAGGUCCAUUUUUUAAUAAAACAUGUGCAGACAUAUAUAAUGUACAACCCUGGCAGGUUGUACACUAUCUUAGUGAAGUAAAAUUUACCAACCAAUUUGGAGAAGAGGUAUAUUUUGAUGAAAAUGGGGAUUCUGUGGGGUCCUAUGACAUUAUCAACUGGCAAAGAAAUCCAGAUGGUUCCACUAAAUACAUGACAGUUGGACGUUUUGAUGCAGCUGCACCUUUGGAGCAACAAAUUGUCUUAGAUGAAGAUAAAAUCGUAUGGAUUGGGGGGCAGUCUGAGGUUCCCAAGUCAGUGUGCACAGAGAGCUGCCCUUCAGGUUACAGAAAGGCAGCCCGUGUGGGCCAACCUGUUUGUUGCUAUGAUUGUGUGCCAUGUGCUGAUGGGACAAUUAGCAUUACGACAGAUGCAGUGGAAUGUAUUCCGUGUCUUUUGGAAUAUUGGUCCAACAAGGAAAGAAACAGCUGUAUUCCAAAAGAAAUUGAGUACCUGUCAUUCACUGACAUUGUGGGAAUCGUAUCAGUGACCAUUUCAAUACUUGGAGCUGUCUUGACAACAGCCGUAGCAGCAAUUUUCUUGAAGAACAAAAACACCCCAAUUGUCCGUGCCAACAAUUCUGAGCUCAGCUUUCUUCUGCUGAUUUCACUCGUAUUUUGUUUCUUGUGUGCUAUUACUUUUGUUGGUCAGCCUACAGCAUUGACCUGCAAGUUAAGACGUACCUCGUUUAGUAUCAGUUUUGUUCUCUGUCUUUCAUGUGUGCUUAGUAAAACUGUUGUGGUACUUAUGGCUUUCAAAGCAACUCUACCUGGGAAUAAUGUUAUGAAAUGGUUUGGCCCCAUGCAACAGAGGUUCAGUGUGUUACUCUGUACAGGUGUACAAGUAGUCAUUUGCAUUGUAUGGCUAACUGUAUCUCCUCCAUUUGCAUUUAAAAAUACCAGACACUAUAACAGCAGGAUUAUUCUAGAAUGUGACUUGGGGUCAGUAACGUUAUUUUGCUGUGUGUUGGGAUAUAUUGGCUUUUUAGCAUGCAUUUGCUUUGUACUUGCUUUCUUAGCACGAAAGCUGCCAGAUAAUUUUAAUGAAGCUAAGUUUAUUACUUUCAGCAUGCUAAUAUUUUGUGCUGUUUGGAUCACAUUUAUCCCGGCUUAUAUCAGCUCCCCUGGGAAGUACACUGUCGCUGUAGAAAUAUUUGCUAUUUUGUCAUCAAGCUUUGGCUUGUUUCUCUGUAUCUUUACUCCAAAAUGCUACAUAAUUUUAUUCAAACCGGAGAACAAUUCCCGAAAAUAUCUAAUGUCUAAAUGA